AUGACUUUCUAUGAAGACCCUGAAUUUCCGAUAAAAGGAAAUACCAAGAGACCGCAUGACCUGGUUGCAUUCCCAAAGUUUUUUGGAUUGAAUUUCAAUACUUCUCGACGAGAUGAUUGGAGAACCCAUUUCGAGCGGAGAACUGAGAUAAAUGGGACACAUGCUGGAUUCUUUCUUGUUGCUGUUUCCAGUCUUACCAAAGAUUUGAUCAGUUUUCAUAAAAUUGUGGAAGAGCAAAGUUUCGAUGAACGUGAAUAUACAGGAAAGUUUCACUUCAAAUUUUACGAUGAAACGCGACAAUUAAAAACGAUAGAAAUUGAUGAUCGUCUACCAAUAAAACCUUGUGGAGCAUUACAGUAUGCUCAAAAAGUGGACGAUGUAUUUUGGUAUCCUCUGAUGGAAAAGGCUUAUGCUAAAUUCUGUGGAGGUUACGAGCAAAUUGAGACUGGUCUUCUCAUAAAAUCCAUGUUUCACGUAACAGGAAGAAAUCCGGAAUGGUUCGACAAUGGAGCUGAAUCAUGUCUUCCGUUCAAUGCAGAAGGCAUUUAUUCUAAUCUUCGAAAUCUAAUUGAAAAGAAAAUAAUAUUGGUUUGCAAACUGAGAAAUCCAGAAGAAAAUAAUCAAUCGUAUGGAAGUGGAUUCACUAUCAUUGAUGUGACUGAAAAGAGAAGAAUAUCGAAUGACGGAAUACUUGAACCAAGGAAAUUUGUGCAGCUUCGACAUCCAUCUGGAAAGAUUCCAGAGAGUAUGAUGGCUGAUAUGGGAAUAUAUGAACUCACUUCGCUGGGAGAAGGACUGAUGGACACUGAGAAGUUUGUAAAUCAGAUGCAAUGCGUGUAUUCAGUUGAUAUGUCAAUGCAUCAAUUGAGAAGAUCUCCUGGUUUGGAUGCUUUUAUUCCGUUCAUUCCUGAAGAAGAAAACCCGAGAGUUAACUACCAUAGAGCAAAACAUUGA